ACAUUGUUGACAAAAUAUGACCGCUGUCAAUGUCACGAAAUUGCGCCAAAUGCCAAAUGCAAAAACAUUGUAAAACAAUUUAUCUAAACUUUAUAUUUUUUUUUUAAUAAUAAGUAACUAAAAUAUUUUCCCGUCGAUUGGAAAUUAUUGAUUUCAUUUUUUAUUAUUGUGCAUUUAUUGAUCAGAGUAUUUGUUUCAUAAUCAGUGUAUUUAUAAUUUUUACUUCGAAUUUUAGGUUAUCAAAUUGAACAAUAUUUUAGAAACUAUAAUUAUUGUUCUGAGGUUUCGGUUUAUUGCACAUUUAUAUGACACACCAACUAAAAAAUACAGAAUAAUUAGUAAUUACAUACUACUUCAUAUACAUGAGAUUAUCUUAACUAUUUUUCUUGGCUUCAUUUCCCAUUCCAUGGAAGUCUCAUUUAAGUCUUCUUUGAUUGAUUUUCUUUACUGAAAAAUUAUAAAUUAAGUACUCUAUUGAUUUCCACGGAUAGAUUCUAAUAAACAAAUAUUGCAAUAUAUGGUUUAUAAUGGAUGUAUCAGACUGGGUUAUACAAUGUCCUAAAUACACAACAUUUAGAAUCAACAUAUUAAAGCCAUUUAAUAGCAAAAAGUUACAAGAAACCCUUGUGAACCAAAGCAUAGAACUAAAUGCAAAACACAUACCUGACUACAACUGUCUCAAACAAGACUGCCUUAUAUUAAGUCAAUGGGACGAAGAUGUUGGUGUAGAAACAUCAGGGAUUGAAGUAGUUGUUGAUGCGGCAUGUGCUGCUGCUGUGUUGAGAGGUGCUCAUGUUUUUGCUCCUGCUGUUAUGAGCCUAACACCUAAUUGCAAAGCAGGUAUGAAAGUUGAUAUUUAUGGUGACCUCGAGGGAAAAUGCAAACGGGGUCUCAAAGUGCCUUAUGAUGGUGAAAAACUAUAUGUUGGUACAGGAAUUUUGAAAAUGUCAAGAUUUGAAUUAUUUGAUAAUGGAGUCCAACCAAAAGGCAUAGCAAUUCAUACGCUCCUACCUGCUUCUAAGUUACCAGUUGUGAAUGAGACAAUGUACCCAAAGGGUUAUCUUUUACUCCAGAACUUGCCGUCCAUAGUGUGCUCAUGGGUACUUAAUGCACAAGCUGAUGAAUAUAUACUAGAUAUGUGUGCGGCGCCGGGCAAUAAAACUACACACUUAGGAGAAAUGUCAAAAAAUAAGGCAUUUAUAAUAGCCAUAGACAAAACACCACAGAAGGUAUUAAAAAUCCAAGAGAAAUGUGAAGCACAUGGAGUCACUUGCGUCACACCAUAUUGCUUUGAUUCAACCAAGUGUUGCUCUGAGGAUAGUAGUGGAAUUAACGGUGGACCGCCUUUACCCCCUGAUAGCUUUGAUAAAAUAUUAUUGGACGCACCUUGCAGUGGUUUAGGUCAGAGACCACAGUUGGGAAAGAAAGUGAUGUCACUGAACAUGCUUAAGUCAUACACAAUUGUUCAGAAGUUAAUGACCAAUGCUGUAAAACUGCUAAAACCGGGCGGCAGAUUAGUGUAUAGCACGUGUACCACAACCGUGGAUGAGAAUGAAGCCUUGGUUAGUUGGGCGCUAGAAAAAUUUCCGAAUUUGAAAUUAAUACCAGCCGAACCAUUUCAUGGAGGUCCGGGAUUGCCAGGCGUGGGCCUGAGUGAUGAACAAAGAGUGUUGGUACAAAGAUUUGGCCCUGAAAUCGAUGAGCUUAGACUAGUUGAGGAAAAAUACAGAGAUCACAUAGGUUUCUUCAUAGCAGCAUUCUCAAAAUAAUCAUAUUUAUAAGUAUGUUGUGUUAUGAUUAUAAAGAAGUAAUAUUGUGAGGGUAAUCUCAAGUAUAUCAACCCCAAUUUAACCCCUUUUUAGCCUUCUUGAAGAUAGGCACAAAUGAUGAAAAUAGCUAACACUAUUUUUGUUUUUUUUUAUUAAAAGGGACAGCAUAUGUACAGCACAAAUGAUGAAAAUAGCUAACACUAUUUUUGUUUUUUUUUUUUUUUUUAUUAAAAGGGACAGGAUAUGUACAGAGAGA